AUGGAGAGUCACUUUGAUCGUUACGGAAGCUGUUCGCGAGAAUCGAGGAGACCCCGAGGAACUGAUCGCAAUUCGGAUGAGACCGCAGGUCAAAGUGAAACGCAAACCAACUCAGCAGAGCCACAACGGUUUGACGAAUAUGGUAACCCCUCUGCCACAGGAUACACUGUCGAUGAAAUGCUACAGCGAUUCCGCCAAUGGGCUAAUAAAACUGGGAUAGACCUGAAUGAGCUGCAUGAUGAUCGACUGUACGAUAUGAUGACCGAUCAUCUGUACAGGAAGCAAAACAUGGCUACAGGUCAAGGGGAUGACGAAUGGGAACUCCCUCGUUCCGACGAUCACCACACUGCACUAGCGGGCGAUGAAGAGGAGAAACGGCAAGCGGCGGAGUGGAAUUCGUACAUAGGUCUUCCCCCUCCAUAUGAGGGCCAACCAGCGCUGUCUCGAAGGUCUAAAACCAAGCGUCAUCUCACCCGCGGGGUCACAACUCGAGUAGGUGUUCAUAAAGACUGGAACUGUGAACUGGUCAUGGAGUUUCCCCAAGAGACUAUCUGGGCCAGCUUGCCUACCGGAGGAUCUACAGAUAUUUGGGUCCCGCGAAGCACAAUCGCUUACAGAGUAGAAACUCAGAGACUCUUUCUUGAAUCUCCCGAUAAGUGGCUGGCAUCAUUGACAAUCCCACAGGUCAUUGAUAGCAUGCUGCCCGACAUCCCCAUGGACGACAAGAUCGCAAGGUCAAGAACGGCUAUGUCAAUGGCUCAAACUUGGAGCGAGCAGAAAAGGCGAGAAUACCUCCACAACUAUCAAGGUGGUAGUCACUCAUCACGAAGGCGUAGUAACACAACCUUUUCUCCCCCUCCCAGGUCCGCAGCACCUCGAGUUCCGCCUUUCUGCGACAUAUGCGGAGAGCUCGACUGCUGGGGAUGCUGA